CUCGAUCCAUGUAAAGAAGUCUUCGCGUUCCACAGCACCAGAGAUCCAGAGCGAUGUCUUGGUUAGCGAGGUCCAUCGCGAACUCACUCAAACUCGACGACAAUGACAACGACGACGAAGAUACCAACAUCAACGCCAAUGCCGCAGAUCCAAAAUCACCACCGAAACCGAAGCCAGAUUCGCCAUCAUCACCGUCCACUCCAUCGCCACGCGGCGUCAGAGAUGACAUCUCGGAGCUCACCAAAACUGUAACCCGACAGCUCUGGGGCGUCGCCUCCUUCCUAGCCCCUCCUCCUCCUCCUCCUCAGAUCCCCGACUCGAACCCCCCUCAGCCGUCCGAUCAACCCGAUCACGGAGAACCGUCCGAAGAGGACAUGAUAUCCGGAAUCCGCAGCGAUUUCGCGGAAAUCAGCGGGAAAUUCAAGACUGGGAUCUCGAAGCUGUCGAGCAACAAAGCGGUAUCGGAGAUCACCAAGAUCGCUUCGAAUUUUCUCCAGCUUGGAUCGGAGGAGGAGAUCGGUGAUGCCGUCGGUGUGACCGAGGAGGUGCUGGCCUUCGCAAGGAACAUAGCGAUGCAUCCGGAAACUUGGUUGGAUUUCCCUCUCCCUGAUGAUGAAGAUCCUGAUGACUUUGAAUUGUCUGAUGCACAACAAGAACAUGCUCUGGCUAUUGAGCGUCUUGCGCCAAGCUUAGCUGCUCUGAGGAUGGAGCUUUGCCCAGGAUAUAUGAGUGAGGCUUGCUUUUGGAAGAUUUACUUUGUACUCUUGCAUCCAAGACUCAGUAAACAUGAUGCUGAACUUUUGUCAACACCCAAAAUAGUAGAAGCCAGAACAAUGUUGACACAGGCGUUGCAAAUCCGAAAUAAGGCAAAGCAAGAACCAGAAUAUUCUGGAAGAGGCACAAAUUCUGAUGCCGUAACACAUGAAGAGCAUCUCUCUGUACUACCUAGCGGUCAAUCAAAAUCAAAUGCUCUUGGGACGUCAGUUGUUGAAGUGCCUUCUUCCUCAGUGUCUGCUGACAUUGAGAUGGAGAAGCACCCAGUCCAUAGUACUGAAGUUCAAAUUGUUGACAAGCCUGUUGUUGAGGAAGGACCAGCGAAUCAAACCAGAAAUCAACAUUUGACAUCCGGUUCCUCCUCUGGGGUCUUAGAUGAGAAAUUCGAGGAUGAUGGUGAUGAUUGGUUGAAAGAGGAAAGUUCAGAAAUAGUUGGUGCAAGUGGAAAUACCUUCCCUAUAGGGAAUGAUGAGGAUGUAUCGUUUAGCGAUCUUGAGGAGGAUGAUGGAGAUGUGCCCACAAGUUACAAGAAAGUCACAUCUGGUUCUGAUUCUUCAACAAAAGAUUCAAGGGACUGGGUUCAGCUUAGCAGAAGCUCCGCUGACUCAGUUAAGGACAUAAGUUCUGUUGAGAUAAAAAUCGCUGGAUCUGAGCAGGUAAGCACUCGUAACCCUGAGAACAAGGAAUCUAAUGAUUGGCUUAAUGUCGAUGAUAUUGAUGUGUUUUGACAAUCCAUAAAAGCCUUGCCUUGCACUGUCUGUGAAUAGCUCGUCUUACAGUCUUCUGAGUUAUCCAUCGGAAACUGUAUGUUUGUACAUAAAGCCAGAUCUAAACUGGAUUACUGUCUUAUAAAUGUAUUUUUAUAUGCAGUAAAUUCUGCUCCAUCCUGUAAACUGUCUAUUCAUUUGAAUUCAACUGCCUGUUAUGUGAAAAA